GGGCACCUGGAGCCUUAACUCGAGGGUCCAGUUUUUGGAACUGAGGAAGGGGCACGGGGUCGCGGGUUAUGGUGCGGUCGCUGCGUUACCUGGGCGGUGCUUGUAGACCGGCCCGCGGGCUUUUACUCCAGGGCUUCUCAGCUGGCUGCGGGCAUGCACCCGGGAGACCCUGGCCGCAGUGCCAAAGUGCCCGCAGAAACUGCACCGGUUUAUUUGAUGUAGUUGUUAUCGGUGGUGGAAUUGUGGGACUUGCCUCUGCCAGAACACUCAGCCUGAGACAUCCAGCACUUUCCAUUGGUGUUCUGGAAAAGGAAAAAGACUUGGCUCUUCACCAGACUGGACAUAACAGCGGUGUUAUACAUAGUGGGAUUUAUUAUAAACCCGGGUCUCUGAAAGCUAAAUUAUGUGUAGAAGGUGCUGCCCUCAUGUAUGAGUACUGUAACCAAAAGGGAAUUGCCUACAAGCAGUGUGGCAAGCUUAUAGUUGCUGUUGAACAAGAAGAAAUUCCCAGACUUCAGGCCCUGUAUGAGAGAGGCCUGCAGAAUGGUGUCCAGGGUCUGAGUCUGCUCCAGCAAGAAGACAUAAGAAAGAAGGAGCCAUAUUGUAGGGGCCUAAUGGCUAUUGACUGCCCAUAUACUGGUAUUGUGGAUUAUCGUCAGGUGGCUUUGUCAUUUGCCCGGGAUUUUCAAGAAGCAGGUGGUUCUGUCUUGACCAAUUUUGAAGUAAAGGAAAUUGAAAUGACUAAAGAGAAUCCUUCAAGCAGUGAAGAUGGAGUGAAAUAUCCAGUUGUUAUAAGGAAUACAAAGGGAGAGAGUGUUCGAUGUCAGUAUGUUGUGACAUGUGCAGGACUUUACUCAGACCGGAUUUCGGAGUUGAGUGGUUGCAAUCCGGAUCCCCAAAUUGUUCCAUUCCGGGGAGAUUACCUGCUGUUGAAACCAGAAAAAUGCUAUCUUGUAAAAGGAAAUAUUUACCCGGUCCCAGAUAGCCGAUUUCCUUUCCUUGGAGUUCACUUCACCCCAAAGAUGGAUGGCAGUAUUUGGCUAGGACCUAAUGCAGUUCUUGCCUUUAAACGAGAGGGCUAUAAACCCUUUGACUUCAGUGCCAGAGAUGUUAUGGAUGCAGUCAUAAAGAGUGGCUUGAUGAAAUUGGUGUCCCAGCAUUUCUCCUAUGGCAUAAACGAAAUGUAUAAAGCCUGUUUUCUCAGUGCAACAGUGAAGCAACUUCAAAAGUUUAUCCCUGAGAUUGCUCUCAGUGAUAUCAUAAGAGGUCCAGCUGGAGUAAGAGCCCAAGCCUUGGAUAAAAAUGGAAAUCUAGUAGAAGAUUUUAUAUUUGAUGGAGGAGUUGGGGAUAUUGGAAAUCGCAUUCUUCAUGUGAGAAAUGCGCCUUCUCCUGCUGCUACUUCUUCCCUUGCAAUUUCUGGAAUGAUCGCAGAUGAAGUACAACUACGAUUUAAAUUGUAAAUAAUGAAAAGAUCUAGGUAUGCAGUCAAAUCUCUACACUCUGAAAUUAGGAUGUGUUCAUUGCAUUAUUUUUUUAAAAUCCAUAAUCGUACUCUGAAUGUAAACAUUGCUACUUUGUGAGCAGUUAUUGCCCAUUCUUCAGCUUUCUGUGGUUGAGAAACUAAAAGAACUUAGAACUAAUAGUUUCUCAGAGAAGUUUUCAAAUCUUGACAGUUCAUACAGAAUUAAUUAAGGGGGUGGAAUGAUAGGAUAGUGGUAGGAUGUUUGCCUUGCAUGCAAGGCCAACCUAGCUUUGAUCCCCUGAAUCCCAUAUGGUCCCUUGAUCAUGGCCAGGAGUGAUACCUGAGCACUGUUGAAUAUGCCCCCCAAAUCAAAUACAAACGAAGAAACAACAAAAGAACUCUAUAAUUAAAAACGAUUCACCUCAUAUUUCUGUUCCUUAAUUAUAUCAAGGUUCUCAAACAUUGACUGAGAUCACUAAUUAUUCAUGUCUUUUUGGUAUUUUAGGAAUCCUGUAAUUUUUUCUUGGGGUCCUGUGGGUAAGAGUUUGAGUCAUACCUGACAGUGCUCAGAGGCUGUUCCACCUUGGUGCUAUAGGGAACUGAUAGUGUCAGGAUUCAAAACCAGGUCUUUCACAUGCAAAGCAUGCACUCUAGGUUUUGAGUUCUUUCUUUGGCUCCAGGAUCCUUUUCUUUUUUAUGAAAUUUUUUUUUUCAUUUUUGGGAAAUAACCUGAGACAUUCACUUUUGUAAGCCCUAAAUUCAUGUGUAUCUUCUGUUUUUUUUUUUUUUAGAGGGGGGUGGGGGGAGAAUCAUAUCCAGUGAUGCUCAGGCUAACUCCUGACUUUGCACUUAGGGAUCACUUCUGGUAGUGCUCAGAGGCUGGAAUAGAACAAGGAUUGGCUGAAUGCAAGACAAGAGCCCUACCCAACUGUUCUAUCUCUGCAGCCCCUUUUUGAAUAUUAUAAUUUGUUCUCCAACACAUUAUAUAUGCCCAAUGUGUGUGUUAUCUGUUGAACUGAUUCUUGUAAUUCUGAAUAGAAUUGGAAAAUGGGAAUAUGAGUGGAAAACAGCAGCCUUCUGAUUGUGAAACUUUUAAUAUUGAACCACCAUCUAACCAAGACAUUUUCAUUUACUUCUUACACUCUUUCAGGAUUAAUCUUCUAUUUGAGGGUGUGUUUUAUUAUUUGUUUGUUUGAUUGUGUUUUCUAGGGAUGAGUUAAAAUGUGUAUUUCGCUGAUACAAAAAAACUUUUCUGUUUUCUUCCUUUUCAUUCUAAGUCUUGAUGAUCACAUUGAUUGAGCUACCUCAUCCAUUAAUUUGAAAGACCACUCAUUCUCAACUCAUAUUAAGAAGCAGCACUGCAGGUAAAUAUGUUAGGUGAUUACUUGAUUUGGAUGAACGUAUUGCAGAUGUUCAGAAGCUGUACAAACGUGAAGAACCAGGCCCUAGCGAUUCUUCAUAACAACUGAUUACUCCAGGAAAUAUGACAUACAAGACUUUUUCUAUUCCACUACAAGACUGUGAAGAAAAAUAUUACAAUUCUCAAAUUUAUCAGCGGAUUGCAUGUACACUAAGAUGUGAAAGACUGAAAUUAUAAAAAUAUCUGGCCUUAUUAAAGCAGUCCUCAUUCUAUUUGUGCCUGUACUAUAGCCCCCCACCCUCGCUAAUGUAUAAGUGAAAAAAAAAUAUUGAAAGUAUUUUGAAUGUGUACUCUCUUUGUAAAACAUUUUAUAUUUGCCAGUAGGUUUUUCUGUGUAGUGCUGAUACAAUUUUAACUAUUCUGUAUAUUUUUGAAAGAGAAGGAAAUUUUAUUAGUAAAAUUAUUUAAUGAACUUUCUUGGUGUUGUGAACAUAAUUUUAAUUUUUAUUAAAAAAAUCUUCA